AUGCGCAUUUUUCUUCGGUAUCCUUUCUUUUCCAGACGCCCGUUCAGCAUGCAGCCCCUCAUAGCCAUCGUCGGUGCCACGGGCACUGGCAAGUCAAAGCUUGCAGUGGACCUGGCCUCUCGUUUCAACGGUGAAAUCAUCAAUGGAGAUGCGAUGCAAAUGUACCGCGGUCUCCCCAUCAUCACGAAUCAAAUUCCAAUGGACGAACGGAACGGUAUACGGCACCACCUAAUCAGCUGUAUUGAGCUGGGGGAGGAACCAUGGCGUGUGGGGUUGUUCAAAAGCGAAUGUCUUCGAAUUAUCAAGGGGAUUCAUUCCAGACGAAGGCUCCCGAUUCUUGUGGGUGGCACACAUUACUACACGCAAGCCGUAUUGUUUAAAGACCAGUUAGUGGGAGAGGGGUCGGACGAAUUCCAGGGCGCAGGUGCACGUUCCGAUGGAGAAUCAGAGGACUCGUCUACGAAGUGGCCCAUCCUCGAUGCGCCGACAGAUGUGGUGUUGCAGAAAUUGAGAGAGGUCGAUCCAGCCAUGGCUGAUCGAUGGCAUCCAAACGAAACGCGCAAAAUUCGUCGCUCCUUAGAAAUCUACUUUCAAACGGGGCGUCCUGCAUCGGAAGUGUACGCUGAACAAAAACGCUCGAAGCAGGCAGCCAUGACCAAUGGUGACCCUACCGCAAACGAGGGACAGCUACGGUUCCCAACCAUGGUUUUUUGGGUUCAUUCGGAGAAGGAAACUCUGAUCUCCAGACUUGAAAAACGAGUGGAUGUGAUGAUUGAACAAGGCCUGAUGGCUGAAGCACAGAUAAUGUCAGAUUAUAUCCGAGGACAAAAGACUCAGGGCGCUAGCAUCGAUCUGACACGGGGUGUUUGGGUUGCCAUUGGAUUUAAAGAACUAGCGCCCUAUUUUGAAGCGCUACAUAAUAGUUCUUUAAGCGUUCAAGAACUAGAGGCCCUCAAGAAAUCAUGUAUUGAGUCUAUCAAGAUUGCUACCCGUCAGUACUCGGUCUCGCAGGUCAAAUGGAUUCGAAACAAGUUAUGGAGAACCCUUGCAGAGGCCGGUAUGACACAUAUCCUUUACCUUCUAGAUAGCACGAACGUUGAAGAGUGGAGGGAAUGCAUCACUGAGCCGUCAGAGCUCCUUACUCAGGCCUUACUUAAAGGCGAAUCUGCUCCGGACCCGAAGUCCCUCUCAAAGCUCGCAAGUACUAUUCUGGGUGCGAAAGAAGCCCAGUCGCAAAAGGAUGCAGGCUCCUCGGCGAAAUGUUUCACUUGCGGAAUUUGCCGCAAAACGAUGGUAAACGAAGAGCAGUGGCACAUUCAUCUCAACGGCCAUAGUCAUAAAAGGGUCCUCAAAGCCAUAGCUAAGAGAGCGGAGCGUGAAGAAUUUCUACAAGAACGAAGAGAGAGUACACGAAGCAUUUCUCGUGACAAAGGUAGUGAAUCAUCAGACGAACAAAACUCCCUCUCAGACCUAUUUCAAUAA